GUGGUGGAGAAGAAGAUAAAGAAGAAGGCGGUGUAGCUAUGGCGAGGCGAAACUCAGAAAACGUGCCUCCUCAUAGAAGAAACUCCAAUGGGGGUAUGCGGCUUUCAAUGGAACGUAUCAGUGAAGUGCCUGAAAAGAAACCCAGAAAAUUCACUCGUCUUUCUUUCAUGGGGCUUAUGAGGAAAAACCAGUGUACUACUGCAGACAGCUUUGACAAUAGUCUACUGGUGGAUGCUGAUCAGGAUGAAAGUGAUUAUGAUGAUGAGAGGCCCGACAGUGUUGAUGACAAAGUUAGACAAAAGGAAAUGAGAAAGUGGAUUGAUUUGGCCACUACGCUUGAACGUAUAGAGAAAAACUUUGUCAUUACCGAUCCCAGGUUGCCUGAUAAUCCCAUUAUCUUUGCCUCUGAUAGCUUAUUGGAGCUGACAGAUCACAUCCUGGGCAGAAAUUGCAGUUGUGACUUCAGUUUUGUUAGAAGAAACAGUAACAAGGCAGCACAUGCAAUGGCGACUGAAGGUCUUACCAGUUCCAUAGAUCGUUUCUGGGUAGAGAAAGCGCCGAAUAUAGUUCUCCGAUUUGCAGCUGAAGACCGGCGUCUACUUGAUCCUCCCUGA